GGCUCAGUGCAUAGGAAUGGCAGCAUUAUUGAUGGCUGUGUGGGUUGGGGUGAGUGAUGGUCAGCUGGCUUAUGAUUACUACAAGACAACAUGUCCAAAUGCUGAGGACAUUGUCAGGAGGGAGAUGCUGAGCUUUGCUUUCUUGGAUGCAACUGCACCCGCUGCCUUUCUCAGGCUCAUGUUUCACGACUGCCAAGUUCAGGGAUGCGAUGCUUCAAUACUUCUCGACCCGAUUGGCUCGAAGUCGGAGAUAAAAUCGUCCAGGAACUUCGGCAUCAGGAAACUCGAUGCGAUCGAGUAUGUCAAGUCAGCAUUGGAAGCCGAAUGCCCGGGCCAGGUAUCUUGUGCAGACAUAAUUGCACUAGCUGCAAGAGAAUCGGUGGCUCUGAGUGGAGGACCACACAUUGCCAUUCCUCUUGGAAGGAAAGACUCGAGAGCUAGUAAUUACCAGCAAGCCGAUGCUCAUCUCCCUUCUCCAAGUAUUUCUGUCGAUGCAUUCCUCCAUAUCUUCAUGACUAAAGGGCUGAAUCUCGAGGAAUCAGUCGCGAUCUUGGGUGCACAUACACUAGGCGCCGGACACUGCCUGAACAUCAUCGACAGAUUGUACAACCCGAAACCCGACGAUCUAAUGAACCCAGUGUUCGAAGCACGGCUCAGACUACAAUGCCCAACUCUAAAUCCCCUAAUGAAUCUCACAGCCACAUCCAACGACAUAACCCCAACAAUAUUCGAUAACCAGUACUACAGGGACAUAUUGUUGGGCAAGGGCUUGUUUUUCAUCGACUCAAGCAUCUCAAGAGAUCCUCGCACUUAUGACAUCGUCAAGCAGUUCGCCAUUGAUCAGGACUACUUCUUUCGCACAUUCUCUUCAGCAUUCGUCAAGCUAUCUUCAGCCAACACCCUCAGCAAGACGAAGGGCGAAGUGCGGAAGCAAUGCAGCAGGGUGAACUAAGUGAACACAGAAUUUAAGCAUUUCCUUUUGCCUUACCACAGUCAAUGAAGCAUAUUCAUCACUGAUUGAUCAUAUGUGUGAAUACUGGUGGGUGUUUCUUAAAUAUUAUUGGUGUGAUGGAAUAAA